GUGACUUAUAGUAAUACGUAGGAUGAUUUCUUCGUUUUCAACUCUGUCCGUCGAGUAAAACAUGAUGUUGUUAACGACUAUAUAGAAUAUUGAUGAGAGGUCGUCAAUUUUGAUGCUAAAAUUGAGACCGAUGAGAGUUAAAUCAUGUUUCCGCCCAUGUAGGGGCUGAAUCAUUAGAUGUAAUUUUUUAUGAUUCAAAGAAUAAUACUCCCAAUUCAUAAAUCCGCAAGGGUCGUUGCUAAAUAUCCUCUCACGAAUCGGCGGCGAGGUAACGAAUCUCUGUUGGCUAUCUUCUUCAGCCAAUCAGGUGUUAGAGAACGUUGACGAUGGUUACCACCCCAGGGCCACCUGUAUCUGAGUUGAGCUUUGAUGAAUCUGAACCCGCGGCUUCAUCACACAUUAAUAAUACAUCCAGCCGUCCCCGUCCCGAUUGUCACACUUACAAAUUUCGUUCCGGGAAUCCUUUUGGUUUACCUAAGUAUGAAAAGGGAAUGACAACACUUGGUUUUAGCUACGAAAUGGGGGCUAUUAUAGCUGUUGAGCACUCAAACAAAUCAUCAACUUUUCCACCCAAUGUUGUUAACCUGAGUUCGCACAUGCUUGCCACAAUUUCUGGAGGGCACGAAAUUUUGCUCGGAAAUCUGCGGAAGAAGUGCCAACAACAUGAACUAGAGGAGGGGAGAAGAACUAAAAUUGCCGAGGCAUUGCAGUGGCUGCGUGAGAUUUUGUGUGCUUACGGGAAGGAAGAUUUGGAAAUAGGAAUGCUCAUAGCCGUGUGGGAUGAAAUGGAUGAAACGGAACGAGGUGUAUAUCGCAUCAAUGGCAAGGGCGAAUUAUUAACUGAAGGCGAAUCAUUCCUUGCCACUGGAUGUGGUACAGUUGGGGCAGUUUUGGCACUUGAGUAUGUGAUGAUGCCAUACAUGGACAAGGUGAUUACGACAUCUGAAGCUGCGGACUUGGCAAAAAUAGCAAUUUGCAUCGACUCUUAUACAGCUCCUGAAAGCGGCGAUCGUGUCAGCGUGUACCUCCUGGAUAGUAAUGGCUGUGUGGAGCUCCUUAAUGAUGAUAUAAUAGAAUGGCAAGAUGAAAACAUUGAAGCUCCAAGAUGCAAGUUUGAAUAUAUUGGACCGUGAUGUUGUUGAAUGGAGAAAGCAGAACACAAGAAUGCACUAGUGAUUGCAGUUUCCCCUUUGUUUUUCCUUGUGUUUUUUUUUGGGGAUGGUUUUAUGCCGCAAAUAUAUUUGCUGGUUUUAGUUUACGCUGAGAUAGUGACUCAUCUCUAUGCAAUUCCUGUUAGAUUGGAUUCCUCGAUUAUCUGAGUGCUUUUAGUUUUACACCUACUGACUGACAUGAACAUGAGUACUCAAGUUAGUACAGUUUGUGAGUCUGGCUGGUUUAAUUCACGGGCCAGCCCAAUACUGGUUUGGGCAUAAUUGGAAGGAUCAAAUCCCGGUCUGAAUUAGGCCGGUGAUGGUUGGGCAAUAAUUUCAAUAACCUGAACAGAACAUC